AUUAUGGCUCUGAGCAGACUUCUGACUUUGGGGCUCUGUGUUCUCUCCCUGCUGGUUCUGCCAGGCCAGAUGGAGCAGUGUGAAUGCCAGGGUCCUAGAGGACUACCUGGGCCUCCUGGCCCUCCCGGGCCUGUUGGGCCUUCUGGAGGUAAAUGAGUCGUAAGCUACCCUAUCAUAAUCCAAAAUAUAAUACUGUUGAUUUUGGAGUACACUGUCACUUUAAGCAUGCAUAUUCAUUUGUGUGCCUGCUGAUGGACUGAUGAUGAGGGGUACAGAGAACUCUGAAUGAUCUCAAUUUGAUAAGCACUCCUAUUCCUACAAAAAGGCUUUGUCUGUACCAGUUGCCAAAAAAAACUGGGCCGGGGUAUAAUGAAAAAGCCCAAUCCGGUAUAUUUCCUGCUGUUACCCUUUGAUUAAAAAAACAAAAAAAUAUAAGAAACAUUAGACUGUUGAUUUUGGAAUAAACUGCCAAUUUAAGCAUGCCAGAUCAGACUUCAGAGCACUUAGCAGGCAAAUUUAAGCAGUCCUUGGUGUGUAUGAUGAUGAACCCUCUCCCUGUAAUCUCUCCAUAGGAAUACCUGGACUUCCUGGUCGACCUGGUCCACCUGGAGAGAGCGGUAGAGUCUUAAAUAUUCACUGUUCUAACUAUAUUAUUUACGUCCCAAAAAUGUAAGGAGGUAACAACACCCUUCGAAGCAAUGUCGACCACAACCGUAGUGCUGCUAUCUCAUUGUGUGUUUUUUUUUGGAAGACAAAGAACUCUGAAUGACCUCAAUUAGAUAAGCACACCAAUUCCUACAAAGAGUCUGUGUCUGUACCAGUUGCCAAAAUAAACCUAUUAAAAGGGGCAUAGUGAAUUAAUAGUGAAUUAAUUGUCAUGGGCCUCUCACUCCACCGGGUUACCACCUUAAUUUUCUUCCACUCUGCUCACCACUCUCUCUACUCAGCCUAACUAGCUCCACCUGUCCCUGCUCUGCUCUGCUCUAAUUACUCUGCCAGCUGCGCUGCAUUACCCACUACCUCUCCCAGUAUUUAAGGCCCUGUCUUUCAGCUCUCCGGUGUCAGAUCGUCUGCAAAGCUCACACCCGGAACCUGUUUGCUCGCGCUUCUGGCUCACCCUGGUUUUGUGACCCCGGACCUGCCUGUUUUUUGGAUACUCUUCUGCCUCAGGAGAUCCAGACCUGCUUCUGCCAUUACGACUCCUGACUACUCUUCAAUCCCGGUAACUCUGACCAGCCUUCUGCCUUGCUACUACGUAUUUUGGAUUUCCCUUGAACUGUACUGCUGCCUGGUUUCAUUCCGCCCUGUUGUGUCUGUGUCUCCCCCCCCCAGGACUUCUGGACCACCCACCACCGGCUUCAUAGGACGCAUCGCUGCCACUGGGGGGGGCACAGACCCAGCGCAUUGGACGGGAUCCCUGUUACCCCUGGAGCCUUCAUUCACUCCCUACUUCCCUUUUCCCUUAAGUUUAAUAAACUUUCUGGUGUGACGCAAUUGUGGUCCUCUGGUCGUCUGUCUGAACCGUGACAUUAAUAGGGUAUAGUGAAUUAUUAGCGGUUCACAUCGAAGCCAUAUCUCAGACUGCCCAUCUUAAUAUUUUCUUUUUAUUGGCCAGUCUGAGAUAUGGCUUUUUCUUUGCAACUCUGCCUAGACGGUCAGCAUCCCGGAGUCGCCUCUUCACUGUUGACGUUGAGACUGGUGUUUUGCGGGUACUAUUUAAUGAAGCUGCCAAUUGAGGACCUGUGAGGCGUCUGUUUCUCAAACUAGACAUUCUAAUGUAUUUGUCCUCUUGCUCAGUUGUGCACCGGGGCCUCCCACUCCUCUUUCUAUUCUGGUUAGAGACAGUUUGUGCUGUUCUGUGAAGGGAGUAGUACACCGCAUUGUACGAGAUCUUCAGUUUCUUGGCAAUUUCUCGCAUGGAAUAGCCUUCAUUUCUCAGAACAAGAAUAGACUGACGACUUUCAGAAGAAAGUUUGUUGUUUCUGGCCAUUUUGAGCCUGUAAUCGAACCCACAAUUGCUGAUGCUCCAGAUACUCAACUAGUCUCAAGAAGGCCAGUUUUAUUGCUUCUUUAAUCAGCAUAACAGUUUUCAGCUGUGCUAACAUAUUUGCAAUAGGGUUUUCUAAUUAUCAAUUAGCCUUUUAAAAUGAUAAACUUGGAUUAGCAAACACAACGUGCCAUUGGAACACAUGACUGAUGGUUGAUGAUAAUGGACCUCUGUACGCCUAUGUAGAUAUUCCAUAAAAAAUCAGCCGUUUCCAGCUACAAUAGCCAUUUACAACAUUAACAAUGUCUACACUGUAUUUCUGAUCAAUUUCAUGUUAUUUUAAUGGACAAAAAAAUUGCUUUUCUUUCAAACACAAGGACAUUUCUAAGUGACCCCAAACUUUUGAACGGUAGUGUAUGUAGGUGCCUUUCCUCAUGCUGAACACGUUUACCUCAAUUAUCCAUAAGGCCUGUCAGGAUAUAUUUUCCUCCAUCUUGGAACAUUUGGAAAACCUUUAAAAAACGUAUUCUCAUGAACCAUAAGUCCACUUCUAUAUUAUCUAUCCAUAGGGCCAACUGGACUUUCUGGACCUCCUGGAUUUCCAGGAGUUUCUGGUAGAGUUGGACGUGAUGGAGUCCCUGGUCCACCUGGACCCCAGGGCCCUGCAGGAGCUACUGGUACACUGCUAAUUGACCUAUUCCUGGUUAUGUAUUUAAUAUUUGGUUCUCUCUAGUCACACCUUCUGUUUUCACAGACUUAGACCUGGAACCACUGCAAGAAAGCUUGGUCAAACUGGAGUUGGGUAUGAAGUGAAUUUCAGAGAGCAUGAUCAGAAUGUUAUGUACUUGUAUGCAAAUUACAGGUCCCGUAUCUUAAUUUGAUCACUCUGUUGUCGCAGAGAAUUUUCCUGCACAGCAGGAAAUGCAAACUUGUGGUGUAUUCAAGGUUUAAAAAGGUUUCUAAAGUUUGUAAUCUCCACUUAUACAUUUCAGACUUGAUUUUCCAUAACAAAAAAAGUAUCAAUCCCAACAGUUAAUUAUAAUCCAAAUAACAAUUCAUAUUUCCUUUUGCUGCAGGAUUAUUUUCCUGCUGUGUGAAAUGGGCUCAAAUUAAGAUAAUGCAUCUGUAGAUUAUAUUGUAGUUUACUAAGUAUCAGUUCAACAUAAAUUAUGCAAUAUUCGUAAUUUUUGAAAAUGCUGUGUGAAUUUAGUCGAGUGUCGGCAUUUGUGAAAUAUAACAUGGCAAUGUUUUAUGUCUUUUAAUGUUACACCGACUGCAUUAAUACCUGGUUUCUCUUCAGCCAUAAACUAUGACUUCGCCAGAAGAGUUGACAAGAAGUACUUUGUGUCACACAAGAGACAGGGUUCUUUUGACGACGCUGUUCAGUUCUGUACCAAGAGGGGCUUGGUGCUGGCUUUGCCAAAAAACGAGGAGGAAAACACUGCUCUCACUCAAGUCUUUGAAGGGGCUUUCAAUAAUGCGUGGCUCAAUGUUGACAACAGCAAAGAGGGAAAGUUUCAGCUAGAUUUGAAAGGCCAUCCCCUCACCUUUUCCAAAUGGGGAGAUGGGGAACCAAAAGUGCCUAAUGGGGAUAGGGGCUGCACAAUGUUGACAGAGUCAGGUGCAUGGCAG